AGGAAUGGAUGCGUUAGUCGCCCGAACACUAAAUUCCAAUACGAUUUCGCUGGGUGGAUUUGUACGACAAACGCCAGUGCAUCUUUCUUACUGUACAGAAUCUGUCGGAUGCAAUUGAAUCCAUCGUGGGAAGUAUUGAUGACAUUCACCGUGGCCGUGUGCAUUUCAUCCGACAUGGCUCUGAACUAGUCGCGUCUGGUUGUCUGCAGCGCUGUGGCCCGUAUGUGAUUGACAACUUGAGAGUGUUUUUGACGAAGCUGGGCGUCGGCGCGACCUGUGUGCAUUCCACCGCGUGGGCCUUGAUUUACAUUGACGUUGCCGCCUCUAGACGUGAAAGCCAGAUCAGCCAGAUCCAACAGGGCAGAGAGACUGUGUUGAGAGAGCGUUCUGGUUCCACGAAUAAUAUUGCGAGAAGUUUCCAGGACAUGAGGCAACGAGAUCUUGUAUCAACAUGUGUUGCGUUAUCAUCCAGACCCGCACUUGUUUCAUCAGAAAAUGCACAACUACGGAAUGAGCGCAAAGUGGAAUUGAAAGAGAUCAGCGCGAAUCAUUGUCGCAUUCUCCAGUUAGGAAAAAGACAACGAAGAGCUCCGAGCAUCGUUUGCUAGACAUUCAUGCUUGAAGGGAUUCCGCAGGAGCAAAGGCAAUCCAACAAAGUUCCACAAAGUGGCUUUAGCUGGGAGGUACCGCCUUGCAAUCAAAAGGGAUUUGGGGUAUGCUGGUUCUCUACACAUCACAUGUUGGGAGUGCGAGCGAAGAGCCACCACGUAGUCACUGAUGCAGAGGUCCUCUUUCGUGCGAAUGUGCGGCGUCGAAGCAAAGAGUGGCAUGCGAACGUGCACGGGCAAUUGCGCGAUAGCGACGCAGCAUGUCACCCUGGGGAAGCGGUCUUCAUUGCGGAAGUCCAUGGGGCCAGGGGAGAUGCAACGCAGAAUUAGGCUUGGCGUACACGCAAAUUCUUCUCAUCAUAAUGUUCCCCAGCAUUUACGGCGCCUGGUCUGGUGGGGAAGUUGGCUCAGAUUUCGCGCAUUACUUGUCUUAUCCUGACCCCACCUUCGCCCCUGAUACCUUCGACUGGAGAGCAGGCAAAGUAUCGUGGGAACAGCAGCCGCAUGCAAUUGGGGUUGAAACGUGGCGGGAAAAGGCCAAAGGAGAACAGUCACCCAACUACGCAAUAUGGAUGUCGAGCUAUGUUUGCUGCGCGGAUGCUGGCCCGGACCUGGCAGGUGCAAGCGCGCGCAUUCUGAAGGAUACCGAAGACGUUCUGGGCUGUUGGAUCUUUUUGACAUUCUGCCUUCAACACCAACUUCACUUCAUGGCGAAGCGCCAACUCCGCAGGCUUGGGCAGUAUUUUGGAAACGUCGCGAAAAUGAGCAAAGUGCGGCGGGCGCCGCCCAACGCAUCGAACUUUUGCACAACAUGGUUCAGUCUUUUCGGCAAGGAGCGCGGCGACACAGUGGCUAAGAAAAUGCCGCCGAGGGUCUUGGCGGGCAGAUUUGGUUGCAUGCAUUCCGUGGAGUCGUUCUAUAUUGCUUGCGGCAUGAAAGAAGCCAGCCAGGUGUACUACGAAGUGCUCACAGGAAAGAAGCCCGUCAAUAUGAUCAAGAAGAGGCUGGACGUUCUAGACGUGGACGAGGAGACUGAGUCCUACGACGAGAAGAUGGGGGGGUGGUCGAGGGACGCUGGGUUAGCAGCGUCCGCCAGACAUUGGACAGUCAUGCACAUGGCCCACGCUGCGCACGAUCCAGCCAUGAAUAUGGUGAACUGGCAAGACCCGAGCAGAUGGGACCCUGUUUGGAAGCAUCGUACAGCGGUGCCCAUUUACGAGGCAGCAUCGGAGUGUGUUUUACUUGCCUUGGAGGGCGCUACUGACUUCUAUGUGCGCAUUGGUGUCUUAGUGGGGAAAUUGCAGAGUCAAAUCUCUUGGAUUGUGUGCAGCCCGGCCCGCGCUCGCUGCCCCCGGCGAGCUGGCGUUGCCCCGGAGUUGCUCGAUAUCCUUGGGGAUGAGGUUAUUCAUGGCACCACCAUCCGUAAGAGUGCUUACUUGCUCAGGACCGUGUGGGAAGAUUGCGUGGCGACAGGUGGGAUAAUCCCCCAGGCCCCAGAGCGUUUGCGAGGUAUUUUUAAGUGAUUUCACGUGCCGUGCUGAUAGAUCCGCAAGAGGUCGAAGGGAUGAACAGCAUCGUCACGAACGUUAUCCACCAUGCGCCUGCCGCAGGUCCUGCCCUCAUUAAUGCCAGUGCGUUGGCCAAGAAGGAGCUGGCGAUGUGCUGCAGGGGCCCAGGCGGCAUCGAGGAGCAAGUGCAACUUUGCAUUCGAGCCGAUGCCCAUGCUGGGUCACUAUUAGCUUUGGAAGACAAGGGUCGGAAUUUCUAUUCUGCUUUGGGAGACACCAGCGGUGAAGCUCAUCCUGAUCUUCGACCGCUCCGAGAUGCACCCCAGGCACCUCUGGCGCCUCUCACGAUGGACGACGGCGCGCCGCUGAGCCAGAUCGUCCGGGCUCGUCGUCCAGAGCCUGCUCCCGAGCCUCACCCAGCCCCCCGCCGCCGACGCCUUCAAAAAGCAGCCGAGCUGCCGAAUCCCGAUUGUGCAGGUUCCCGGAUUUAGGAACAACAGCGGGGGGCCAUGUAGAUCCACGGAGCGAGAUUUGAUUUGGAUUUGUGUCGGAGACGCUGGCUUAUCCGACUUAUCAUGUCCUUUCUGUCUCUCACUCUCCCCC